CGGAGCAUCUCCUAGCUUAGUAUAUGGCCCCGUAUAUAAACGAUCUCAAGCUGAAAAAAGAGAUAUUGAUACAAGGGUUGAGAUGGAUGUUCAAAAAGCUACCUCAUCUAUGAAAAUUGAGAUGACAGAGAAGAUGUAUGAAGCAAAAAAAGAGAUGGAAGCGAUGGAUAAAAAGUUGUUAGAAGCGAAAGAGGAAGCAAAAGAGAAUAACGAAGUGAUGGAGAGAAAAUUAUCGGAAGCAAAAAUGGAUAUGGAAGAAAUUAUAGCGGAUAAAGUGAAGGAAGGAAUACAAGCAUAUGUAGAGUCUUUGGGAAUUAAUAUUGAUGCAAAUUUAAAAUCAGAGCAGGUUCCUGAUAACCCACUUAAAGAUUUUCAACAACCAUCAUCAGUUGUUCCAGGUGUUCACACAAGAAAGGCUAACAUGAUCAAGAAGACUGGAACUACCGUAGUUGGCACAAAUAAAAAGAAGUGGGUAUGUUUGAAAAAACUACAAGAUCUUUCUUUUUUUUUAAAAGGAGGAAAAUUUCAUUGGAAGGAAAUCAUCACUUACUUUGAGUGUCGGCUCAUCAAUGCAUUAAGCACCAUCAAAACCACUAAUGCCGAGAUUGAAACGCUCAAGGGAGGAAUUAAAAAUGGAGGAUAUGUGACGUCUGAUGGAGAUAUGGAGGCUAAGAUUGAGAUUCCCAAGACACAUAUGUUCAAAGGCGCUUGUGAAACACAAGACGUAGGGUAUUUCCUUUGGAAUUUGGAGAAUUACUUCAAGUGCAACAAAGUGAAGAGCGUACAGAACAAUAUCAACAUUGUUGUAUAG